CGGCUGCCCCGGGCUAGGUGUCAGCCUGUCCCGCAGUGAUCCACCGGACACUCUGCAGAAUGAGUAUGAGUUUCGAAUCCACGCAGACCUCGUCCUACAGAAGGAGAUUUGGGGCUCUGAGCGCCGCUCCUGCGAGCAGAUACAGCUUCACCAAGAGGCCUGUUUUGCCAGUCUCCUCCAGAAGCUCUGUAGUUCGGAUGAAACAUAUUAACUACCCAACGAAAGUCACAGGGAUGUACCAGGAGAAGGUCAACUUCACCCUGUCAGAUGCCCUCAACGCAGAGUUCAAGGAAACUCGAACCAAUGAGAAGUUUGAAAUGAUGGAGCUAAACGAUCGUUUUGCCAGUUACAUUGAGAAGGUGCGCUUCCUGGAGAACCAGAAUAAGGUCCUGGCCACCGAGCUCAACCAGAUCAAGGGGAAGGAGCCCAGCCGGCUGGGGGAGAUGUACCUGGACGAGAUCCGGGAACUGCGGCAGCAGAUGGACCAGCUGAACAGUGCCAAGGCUCGCCUGGAGAUCGAGAGGGACAACCUGCUGGAGGACCACCACAACCUGAAACAAAGGUUACAGGACGAGAUCAAUCUGCGUACAGAAACCGAGAACAACUUGGCCACGUACAGACAGGAUAUUGAUGAUGCUGCUUUGGUUCGGGUUGAUCUGGAGCGGAAAAUCGAUUCCUUGCAGGACGAGAUUGACUUCCUGAAGAAAAUCCAUGAUGAGGAAAUUCAGGAGCUGCAGGAACAGCUGCAGGUGCAGCAGGUCCACGUUGAGGUGGAUGUCUCCAAGCCUGACCUCACCACUGCCCUCAAGGACAUUCGCACUCAGUAUGAAUCCGUUGCCAGCAAGAACAUGCAGGAAGCUGAAGAGUGGUACAAGGCCAAGUUCUCCGAUCUGAACGAUGCUGCUACUCGCCAGUCUGAAGCACUGCGUCAGGCCAAGCAGGAGAUGAACGAUUAUCGCAGGCAGAUCCAGUCCCUGACGUGUGACCUGGAGGGUCUGAGGGGCACGAACGAGUCAUUAGAACGCCAGUUGCGUGAGAUGGAGGAGCGCUUCAAUUACGAGACAAAUAAUUACCAGGACACCGUUAGCCACAUGGAGGCUGACAUCCAGAACCUGAAGGAGGAGAUGGCACGUCACCUGCAGGCGUAUCAGGACCUGCUCAACGUCAAGCUGGCCCUGGACGUCGAGAUCGCCACCUACAGGAAGCUGCUGGAGGGCGAGGAGAGCCGAAUUUCAAUGCCAAUCCAGAGUUUCUCCACUCUCCACAUACGAGAGACAAGCCUGGAAUCUAAAGGUUCCACUGACGUUCAAGCAAGAAGGAAUAUUCUGAUAAAAACGGUGGAGACCCGCGAUGGGCAGAUAAUUAAUGAGUCCAGUGCAGAACACAAGGAAGUGGCGUAACUGAGUGUUCCAGCUCAGUGGAACAGAUUAGUGUGGAAACCCCACUGUAGUUCGCUCGCAGAUCUAGAGUAGCCCUUUGUAGCCGCCAUUGGAGUAGGAUGGGAGAAAAAGGAAGUGGAAUCCUGGGGUUGUGUGACACAUCGGCACAUACAGUAUGUGUGCACAAGCAGGGGGUUUGUACCUCUGGUUCCUGUGUACACAGGCAGGGGCUUCAUCCCCCUGGUCCCCGUGUACACAGGUAGGGGCAGCUUCCCUCCUGCACCCAUAUCUGCGGUCAGGGGCUGUGUCCCAUUGAUACUGCUGGGAAUCCUCAGCAUGUUGGUUUGUGUUUGUGGAGAGUUUAGGUUUUUGUGGAGAGCCAUGACCUUCAUGGCCUUGGUGAACAUCACUGACCUGAAACCCCAACUUUCUCCAACACAGUGUCCUGACCUGCUGUGCACUUACAGCACGUUUUGUUUUAAUAUUGGAUUUCCAGUUUCUGCAGUGUUUUUACUUCAUUAAUGUCCUUCCUAUACUCCCUACAAGGGCAAUGUCCUUGCUACAAUCUUCAGAUGGAGCCUGAGGCAAAAUCCUGUACAUGGGGAAUAAGGCAACCAAUGUGCUGCAUCCCUGUACACACAGCGAGACAUCCCAUCGCUGCCAUUGUAGACACUACAGUCUGCCUCCAAACCCCAGAUGCCAGAUUACUACUUUUCACUGGUGGGAUUAAAGCAGCCAGAAUCCCACAGCAUCCAGUGCCGCUGACACACCGUCAUCUCCAGGUACAGAAGAAGGAACAGAAGAGUGCUGAUGCAAAAAAAAGCAAAUGCUGUUCAGAUUAAUUGAUCUCUGAAUGUGGCAGCACCUGUUUUAACUAUAACAGUGGAAGAAUUCUUGAACUUUUUUGUGUCUCCAAACAUUCUAACAACUUCUGGUAUUAACUCCUUGUUACUGUUCUUUAUGUACAUCAUCUCUGCCUAAAAGUCUGAUUGCUUUUCUAAUGCAAAUGUAACAAUAAAAUGAGGUGAGAUCA